AUGUCGGAUUGUAUGCAGCAGAAGGCUGUGGACGUCGCCAAGGCGGCAAUGGAUCAGUUCUCUAUUGAAAAGGACAUCGCUGCUCAUGUCAAGAAGGCCUUCGAUAGAGAAUUCGGACCCACUUGGCAUUGCAUUGUUGGUCGAAACUUUGGAAGCUAUGUAACACACGAGGCAAGGCACUUUAUCUACUUCUAUAUGGGUCAAGUCGCUAUCUUACUUUAUAAAUCUGGCUAA